UUUUAUAAAACCCUCUUUCUCUUCAUUAUUCUAUAAAUUUCUUUUCACUUUUCCUACUUUACCCUUUUCCCUGUUCCCAAUGCCCAAACCCUAAAUUCUCUCCAAAUUUCGCCUUAUAAACCCAGCAAUCCGCUCCCUAUCUAUCUCGCUCUCCCCCUCUCUCGCUUCCCAUCGGAGCGUCCGCCACAGAGAUGGACGGGUACGGCUCGGGUCAGAGGAGUUACGGAGGUGAUCGCAGGAUGGAGAUCGUUAGCGGGAAGAGUUUCAGCAUGAGCUCCAAUCAGAUCUACGCGAGUCGCAAUAACUCUCCCGAACGACCGCCGGUCCCGCCGCGGGCGACCCGGUCGAGUCAGGGCGCGUCGAAGCCGCCCUGGGGUUUCAGCGAUCCUGAAAUGAAGAGAAAGAAGAGGAUCGCUAAGUAUAAGGUUUACACCGUCGAGGGAAAAGUCAAAGAUUCUAUAAAGAAGGGCCUCCGUUGGAUCAAGAACAAGUGUUCGCAGAUUGUCCGUGGAUACUAACGGGUUGCCUCUGAUUGAUUUUGGUAGAGAUAACGUACGUCCCAGAUUAAAGUGUAAAA